AUGGUAAAUUAUUAUGAGGUUUUAGGAGUGCCAAGAACUGCACCCGUGGAUGAUAUUAAAAAGGCCUACCGACAAUUGGCCUUAAAAGUGCAUCCUGAUAAGAAUCCGGGAAACCGAGAAGCAGCUGAAAAGAAAUUUGUAGAAAUUUCUAAAGCAUAUGAAGUCUUAUCUGAUACUAAAAAAAGAGAUGCCUAUGACCGAUCCAGGGAAAAGAACCUAAAUGAAAAAAGACAUGUGGGAGGGCUAGGUAGAGCUGAAAAUGUGCGUGCCGGUGGCCAUGGAGAAAAAGGGUGUGGCAGAAGGCAUGACCCUAAAUUCAGUUUCGUCAGACCGCACUUCAACAUAAAGAUGGGAGUAGAUUCCUUUUCUCAAAAUAUCUUUGACAACCUGCUUGAUGACGUUUCUGGGGUUCAGCAAAAUCCCCAGAGAAAUAGAAGCAAAACCGACAGGAGCUUUUCAGUCUCUAUCAUGGGCAUCUCCCCCAUUGCAGGAACCGGUUUCACUUCCUUUGGUUCCAACAUCCCAGGGGGCGGCUCCUCCAUCUCAUCUCUAAACCAGGGCAAAAAUGGCAGGUUCCGCUCCAUCAUCACAACCAGCAAAAUUGUGGAUGGCAGGAAAAUCAUUACCAAGAGAACUGUAGUGAAUGGCAAAGAAAGUGUUGAAAAGAAAGAAGAAUCCAUUUGUCAUUGA